AUAAUAAUAGCUAGAUCUAGAUAAAUCUAUAGUCAGUAGAAGUAGGUAGGCUAUACGGAUAUAAGUAUAUACCUAUAAUCCUAUAAUAUUACAUUAUAAUAGAUCUAUACACCCAGACUCAUUAAUACUAUAAGAACUUCUUGUUGACAAGGGCUUAUAAAUCAUCAAACAACAAAUAUGUCUGGCGAUGGAAUGGACAGAUUUCUGCAGAGGAUGAGAAGUGACCUAAUGUUUGAACUGCGUAGGAUUGAACACGGGGAACGCCCUGUGACAGGUCAAAAUCAUCGGGAAAACCUUCAACAUUUUUUUGAAAAGAACCUUGAGCCAGCCGCUGAUAGGGGCGUAGGCAAAUCGAACAUUUCAAAUCAUGACGACAUUGAAACUCACCGACCUGAAGCUGUUGUCGUAGAGGUUCAGGGGAUUAUUGAGAGACGCCCAGUUUCAUCCAUUUUAGAGUCUCCUGCUUUUAGAAGACAGCUUGAAAAUAUUAUUCGAGGCAGCAUUCAAAACGCAUCACCGACCUUAAAUAGACGACAAGCUCAGAGCCAACCAAACAGAACUCCAUCCCCACCAAUAAUAGCAACAUCUAACCAUGAAGUGAUCCAAGUUAGACAACCUCUAUCCAGACAUGCAAGUACAGAAUCUCUGGACAGUUUUUCAAGUGCAGUUAGCUCCUUGGAAGAUUUUGAAGAUGUGGAAGAAAUGACCAGCCAGGCUGUAUCUCCGCGACCACUGGGUGUACUACCCCAUGGUGUCAGAAAUAAUCAAGACUCAAUUAGUCGACCAAGAGUGCAGCCUCAGCAACCUAGAAUAGAACCACAACAACCCAGGAUAGAGCCUCAGUCCCCCAGAAUAGAGCCUCAGCCUGAAGUCUCACCAGAAAGAGUUGGUUGGAAUGAAAUCAACAUCAGACAGAGAGAUGAACUCGUGGAGGAAAUCAGUGAACUUCUUCACAGUCGCCUUGUCUCCUCGACCUUGAAUGGAGAGUUCAGAGCCAGGCUAGAAGUCUUGGGUCAGGAACAUAUCAGGGCUUCAGGAACUGAUGGCCGCGCUGUUGAAGAAUUUGUCCGACGUUUACCUCAUGCUGGUGUGCCAAGAAAUGAUUUUAGCCAUUUAGGAAUAAACCUGGGAGCUGCAGAGGCAGACAACUGGGAGACUAUUUCUGUGACCAGUGUCAGUGCACAGUCAGUGCCGUAUGUUCAGACCAACGCUUACUUGGGACGAGAACUUCAGAGUUUGAAGGCACAAAUGAAUGAAAUGAAAAAUAUGUUGAAGUUGACCUUUGACCUCCAGCUGGAUAUUCAGAGAGCCAUCAGACAGGAAGUAGCAGGAGCCAUGAAUUCGUUAUCAGUGUCACCUCCAGUUCUUAGUCGCCCAAUCAAUGACACGCAUUGUCUCAUCUGUCUCGAUCAUCACACGGACACUGUUUUGUAUCAGUGUGGUCACAUGUGUGUCUGCUACACUUGUGGAAGGGACCUAGUCAAUCGUGGGCACAGCUGUCCUGUGUGCCGAGCACCAAUCAAAGAUGUCAUCCGUGCUUAUAAGACGAAUGCAGAUUAAGGGCGGAUUCAGCACCUGAUACAAUAAGACGAACUUUGUUUGUAGCAAGACAUCGUGGAACUAAUUAAAAUGAACAUAUUUUAAGCAAGCCAGCCAAUACCCUUUCUUGAUAACAAUUUACCAGCUUUAUGAAAUAAAGAAUCGUCUUGGCAUUAGUAGCAUCCAUUGUACAUUUUUUAUUUGGUAUUCUGCUGGUCUGUUCAAAUUGUUAUUGCAGAUUCUAUUUUAGAUUUAGACUGAGAUUUUGAUAUAAGAUAUCAAAAGAAAUAGCUAGCCAAAGUUUGAGUUUUGGCUUAAAUAAGUGUUGGAACUAUGGAUCUGGUGGGGAAAGGUUUAGAACAACAUAUUUUUUUCUGUUGGAAUUAUAAAAGCUUUGAUUUAAAAAUGAAACAAAACACUUUUAUUGUUAUAUUUAUUGACAACUUGUGAUAGUACACAAGAAAUGUUUUAUGUCAAUUUUGUUUUUAACCACUUUAAUUUAGUAUAUAUCGAUCUUAUACCUUGCACAUUAAUACCAAUGUUUAUAUGUGAUUAUGUAAUGACUCUAUUGUACAUAAGUGUAUAGAUUUUUAAAUCAUGAAUGUUCCAUUGUAUUUUACUUGUAUGUUGAGACAUUUCUACUCUCUUAAUGUUAAUCCAGCAUGACAGUCUUACACUUCUUUUUCUAGACUGAGUUGACCUCAUUUUGUGGAUAUUAGAUUUAUAAAGGCAUCAAUGUCUGAAGCCAGUGACUCAGACAUUGCCAGCGACAGAUCUUAGUGGAGACAGCUUUCCGUCCAAUGCACCGAAUGGCGCAGUAGGACCUAAGUCUAAGAGGCAUCUGGGAACUUUUCAACUUCCGCUUGGAAAAAAUUGGCUCAGAAAAGUAAAGAGUAAGUAAUACAGGGUGAAGAUGUGGCCCAGUAAUGGAUACUUGAUGUAGUGGCUCAUAAUUAGAGCCAAGGGUGGCUCAUAGUUAGAGAUCCAUACAUCAUUUUAAAGAGUCAUAAAGAGUUAAGCUUUUAUUCUAGUUGGCUUUUAAACUGGUGACUUUGGUAGAAAUCUUGCUUUUCUCAGGUUUUUAUUUCUGAUCGUAUACAAAUUUUAUGUUCAUAUAAUGCAGAUGUAUUUGCUCAAAAGAAAAUCUAUUUUUAAAAAAAUCUAUUGAAGUGAUUAUUAUAAAGCAGUAGAUUGUUUGAUUGUACUUUCUGUUAAUGUUUAGAAUGUAGAUGUGGCUCAUGAAUUUCAUGAAUUUGUGACUCGCCUAAUAAAUGAUGUAGAAAUAUUUUUCAAAA